CUCCGACAAUCAGUCUGAGUCGGUCUAGAUCGGUUUCUCGAUUUUUUGUACAUCCCUAAAGCAUGGUAACAUUUCUCAACUUACUAUAUUUCAUGUCAUCCGUGUAAUAUGAUUAAAAUUUAGAAUUAUUUAAAACUUUGAAUGAUAUGAUCUCUACAUCUUCGAGGACUCGAAAAGCUGAAACAAUGGCGGGAAACAAAACCCUAGAAACCCACAAAGAUGAAAGGGUGAGUGCUACAACUGAUAGCAGAAAGAAAGAAAUGGAUAAAGUGAUACCGGAGGCGGGGGAGCUUCCCAGAGCUAUCGUCCGCCGGGUCGUGAAGGAUAAGCUCUCCCAAUGCUCCCCCGACUGCGACAUGUCCGUUCACAAAGAGUCCCUCCUCGCUUUCUCCGAGAGCGCUCGCAUCUUCAUCCACUACCUGUCCGCUACGGCUAAUGAUAUAUGUAGGGAAUCGAAAAGGCAGACUAUCAACGCUGAUGAUGUGUUGAAAGCGCUUGAAGAAAUCGAGUUUCCGGAGUUUCUGAAGCCUCUUAAAGCCUCUCUUGAUGAGUUCAGGCAGAAAAAUGCUGGAAAGAAGGCCAAAGUGGCGAAGGAGAAAGAAGUGAAAAAAAGGAAAAUGGAAGAAAAGGCACCACAGAAAAGUGGAGGUGGUGAAAGGGAUGAAGAAGAGGAGGGAGACCAGGAUGGAACUGGUGACGACUAAGCCAGACCGUUGAACUUACCCUGUGGGAGUGAAGAAUAGUGUACUUGUAUGCUUUUUUAGUCGAUGGCCUUUUGUAAGAGCGCAACGAACCAUUUCAUUUGCUUUGUUCAUAUCUUAAAAAAUGACUUCAUUUUAUUCAUAAAGUGGAGACCUCAAGUUAAAGCUUUAUAAGUUGCCUUGAUGAUGCUGAA